UCCCAUACCCACUAUCGACUCCCACGUACGCCUUUCUUUCCUUCCUUCCUUCCUUCCUUCUCGCUGAUUCUGCCGAUAAGGGGCUCUAGUGACGAGCGCUGAUGAACACUUCAGAUUGAGAGGAUUUGCUGUGAACAGUGCUACGUAUCUACCCUUGCGAUUCCUUAUAUCUCAUCACUCGUUUCGCUGCAUGGCGCCUAAUUCGCUAUCCGCUGGUAGGAUGCACCAGCACGUCCCCCUCGACCCAGAUUCACUCUACGUCUGCACCGUGCAACUCGCUACAGGCGCCUUUCAUUGGGCCAUCAUCAUCACUGAUGCCAAUUCCAGAGCAGUUCGUCAUCACUGGUACCAAGUCUCCGGUCGGCCGUACGCGGAAACGUACGGCUCUCAGACAGUAACGCCAGCCACGCGCACAGGGAACAGCGCAGUAUUGGGCUACUACAAGUUGGAGGGAUACGUGCCGUGUCGUGACUUUAUCGACAUUUGCCGUAGUGUCUUCACGAGCUACGCCACAGUUGAUGAGAAUCGCGCGCAUAACAUGACUUGUCGGACUUGGAUCCUGCAGGUGCUGAUGGGUCUGUACGACAAAGGAAGCUUUCCUGGGCGCAAAGAGAAUCGAUCCGAGUUUAUUAGUUUGGUGGAAACGAAGAUCAAGACCAUGAGCACCCAGGCCGAUAAUAACUUCCUAACCCUUUUCUAUCAGUCUCUUGUCCAUCAAUACCACCCUCCCGUUCUGUCAUUAUAACGAGUACGUUACGCCGAUUCUCGAUUU